AUGUUUCUAGCCCAGGCACGUUGUAUCGACUUAGCUCGCGUGCGUAAUGUAGUAAACGACGAUUUUUAUAGUAUACAUUUUUCUCCUCUCUCGCAUGUGUCGCGCUCUUGGUAUAUCGCCCUUCGGUCGCUCUGCAUUUUUCCCGGUCGCCAAUAUCUCUCGUGCUUCGCCUAUCCCUCUCCCGCCGCCUUCCUUUCUCCCGUCGCCCUCCUCUCUCCCGUCGCCCUCCUCUCUCCCGUCGCUUAUCCUCUCUCCCGCUGCCUUCGCCCUCCCGUCGCCUUCGCGCUCAUUCUCCCGUCGCCUUCCGCGCUCUCUCCCGUCGCCUUCGCGCUCUCACUCCCGUCGCUUUCACGCUCUCUCUCCUAUCGCCUUCGCGCUCUCUUACCCGUCUCCUCCGCGCUCUCUUUCUCGUCGCCUCCGCGCUCUCCCUCCCGUCGCCUUCGCGCUCUCUCUCCCGCAGCCUUCGCGCUCUCACUCCCGUCGCCUUCGCGCUCUCUCUCCUUUCACCUCCACGCUCUCUUUCCCGUUGCCUCCGCAUUCUCUCUCUUCGUCGCCUCCGCGCUCUCUCCCUUCCCCGCCCGUCAUUCUUCCUCUGUCCGCUCCCCUCUUGUCGUUUUCCCCCUCGUCGCCUUCGCAGUCUCCAUCGUCGCCUUCGCGCUCUCCCUAUUGUCGCAUGUCUCUUCUCCUACCCGUCGCCUUCGCGCUCUCACGUCCCGUCGCCUACGCGCUCUCCCUCCCGUCGGCAUCGCGCUCACGUUCCUCCUCUCCCCUCCCAUCUCGUCGUUCGCCUCCUCUCCCCCCAACCCGUUGUUCUUCUCUCUCUCCCCAUCUCAAUCAUACUAUCCUUUCGUGAUACCUUGUCCAACUUAUUUUUUCCCCUCGUUCUUCGACUCACUAUUUUAUAACCUCUUUCAGCCUCUCAAAUACAGGUAA